ACAUCGAUACUAGAUCGAUCUAACAUCUACGAACUACUACUAACACCUGUGGGACUACAGGUGUGACAAGAUCAUAGGUUACGUAGUCUAUAAUAUCUCUCCAUUCUCUUGAAACAUCAUUUGACUUUUCAUUUCUUUUGCUCUCAGUCAUAGUUUCGAUGGGGUUAAGAGGCCAGUUGCUCUUCCUUUUCCUCUGCUUUCAUUAUUCCUGGUCGAAUGAUUCUGUAUUCGAAGUGCGAUGGGAUAGCUCUGGAACCUCAGAGAUAAGUAAUCAUUUCGAUGUUCUUAUCAAUGAUGUUAUAAGGUUCAAUUGCACCAAUGAGCUCAGCAAUAUUGUUCGUACAGAUUCUGAACAAGCAUACAAUCAAUGUGCAUCUACAGGAACUUCUAUUGGUCAAUGUCAGGCAGGUGUCCCACAACUUUCCGCUUACAUCCAUUUUGGAGUAUAUCAAACUGGAAGGAGAUAUUACUUUUACAGCACUUAUGGAAAUGACUGUGCUGAUGGAGUCAAAUUAUUUAUUAAUGUACUUGAAGCACGCCCUACAAGCUCAACAGUACAGCCUACCACUGCAGCUAGUAAUACUAUGAAUCCAACUGGUACCAGUACCCCUGGAACAACAACUGGAUCAACUGGUACCAGUACACCUGGAACAACAACUGGAUCAACUACCUCCAGCACUUCUGUAAUUCUGCCACUACUAUUUAUAGUAACAGUACUACCUACCAGUACUAUAAGCUCUACUAUCAGCAUUCAAAGUAGUACUAUGACUACAGCAAGCAUUAGAUCUACUAGCAGCAUUCAAAGUAAUACACCAAUCAGUAGAUCCACUGUCGUCAUUGAAAGUAAUACGAAUACAGCUAUUGAUAGAUCUACUAGCAUUAUUGGAACUACAAGCUCUACACCAACUGUUGGUGGCUCUGAUGAAAAUGGAAGUUCAUUUUUAAAUAAACUUUCACUGGAAGUACUUCUGGCCAUUAUCACUGUUAUCGCUGUGAUUAUCAUCUCAGUACUCUUGUUCAUUAUUAUAAUAGUAUCAAUAGUCUGCUUUAGAAAACGAAGAAAGAGCAGUCCACUAGAAAAACUACAUAAUGAAGAAGAAGAAAAAGGUACAUACAAAAAGACUGAGUCAGCUGUUGGAGAAAAGAAUGGAGUAGGAAAAUCAGAAGAAAAAACAAAGGAAAAAAGAGAACUAAAGAAGGAUGAAGAAAUAGAUGGAAAAACAGCUGAAGAUAAAGUUGAAAUAAAGAAAGCAGAUAAUGGUAAUGCUGUUGUUUCAUACAAACGCAAUGAGGAAGAGAAGCCUUCACCACGUACUAAUAUUCAUCACCCACCUUCACCACCACCAAGCAACAGUUCCAAUGCUACUAAGACUAAUGGUAGCCCCAAGACUGUUAGUAGCAACAGUCACAGUGUCCCUAAGACUGCUAGCAGCAACAGUCACAGUACUCCUAAAACUACUAUUAACAAUAGUGUCCCCAAGACUGUUAGCAGCAACAGUCACAGUGUUCCUAAAACUGCUAGCAGCAACAGUCACAGUGCUCCUAAAACUACUAUUAACAAUAGUGUCCCCAAGACUGCUAGCAGCAACAGUCACAGUGUCCCUAAGACUGCUAGCAGCAACAGUCACAGUGCUCCUAAAACUACUAUUAACAACAGUGUUCCCAAGACUGUUAGCAGCAACAGUCACAGUGUUCCUAAAACUGCUAGUAGCAACAGCGCUACCAAGACCGUUAGUCACAGUGUUCCUAAAACUGCUAGUAGCAACAGUGCUACCAAGACUGUCAGUGUUCCUAAAACUGCUAGUAGCAACAGUGCUACCAAGACUGUUAGUCACAGUGUUCCUAAAACUGCUAGUAGCAACAGCGCUACCAAGACUGUUAGUGGCAGUGUUCCUAAAACCGCUAGUAGCAACAGCGCUACCAAGACUGUUAGUGGCAGUGUUCCUAAAACUGCUAGUAGCAGGACUAAUGUUCCAAAGACUGCUAGCAUUACUCCUAUAAGAAACAAUGCUCCAAGUACCACCACUGAUCCUAAGAGUUUACCAGCUUCAAUGAGCAAUAAGCAAGUGUCAUCAGGACCUUCUCGCAUCAAUAACCAGGUUGGUCCACAAUCUCUUCCAGCUGCAAGGAGACCUGCUCCUACAGCUCCUACAUCAAAUUCCGUUCCAGCUGGUCACAAAAGACCAGCUCCUUCUCCCCCAUCUGCACAAAAAUAAUGUACUUAAUAUCGUUUUUUAAAAUUUUAGCUGUUUAUCACAUGUUAUUAGCUAUCUCUAUUAGCCAAAUUAAAAAUUAAUACAAAAAUGA